AUAUAUAUAUAUAUAUAUAUAUAUAUCUAUAUAUAUCUAUAAUUAAUUCAAAUUUAUAACGACAUCGAGAACCAUACACCUGUCAUAUAUGCAACGAUGGUAAGGCGAAAUACGCCGAAAGCGGCGAAAACAGACGCUAACCCCGACACGAAAGAAACACCAUCAUCCACGCGCACCAGUAGGGCUAAGAAAGCCUCGGAGAGCGAAGCGAGUGCGUCUGAUAUAACUGAUACAACUGAUGCGUCAGCUGUUAAUCAUGACACGAAAGAAACUGAUGUAGAUACUGGUAAAUCGGAAGAUGCCGUUGCAUCUAAGGCCACGCCCAAGAAGCGUAGAGGUAGUACCAAGACUACGACUGGUACAGACAUGGAAACGAGUACAGAUGUCAAUGUAAGCAUGUAUAAGGCGGGUGAUGGCGUUGAUGAGACUGUACAGGUAGAUAAGGCGGAUGGGGAUGGGGUGAGUGCGAUAGACAUGGACGUAGAUGUGAAUGCUGAUACUAAUGCAAGUAUUAGUACAGAUACAGUGACUGAGACGCAGGCAGAGGUAGGUGCGAAUGCUGAGGUGGAUACAACCAAGAAAGAAGGCAAAACAAGCAGAAAGGGGGACAAGAAGAACAAGAAGGACAAUAAAGUGAACAAGAAACAGAGUGGGAAGCGAGAUAAGGGUGGCAGCCAGCAAGUCCAAGACGGCAAAAAAGGCCCACCAAAAGACCCCCUCCUGGGUGCGGGUCCGAAAGCGCCCAUACUGGCCAACCCGGUGAUGCCGAUGAACAUGCCUAUGAAUGUGCCGGGGGGUGUCCCUAUGCGACCGCCUAUGCAACACAUGGGUAUGAACACACACACACACCCACGCGCACACAUGCAGCCGCUACCACACACAGCACACCCACACACCCGAGGUCCAAGACCUGGCGCACCCCAGCGGGGAAAUGGGCCUAAAAUGGGUGCAAACGGGCCUAAAACAGGUGCAAAUGGGCCCAAAAUGGGGGCCAGGAAAGGGCCCGGGGCUGUGGUGCAACCGCAUUUGCUGACGAAGAAGGAACCACUGACUAAGAAGGAGGUGAAGGACAAGACCGUCGACGCGCUCGCGAAAAUGGCCCAGGCUACUUGGGGCGAUAAGAGUAAUGUUAAGUUCAGGGCGGAGACUGUCACCAAGAUCUACCGAGAGCAUAUCCUCGGUACCCAGUUCUCGUCCCACCGACUGCAAGUGCUGGAGAUCAACCAGUACCUGGAAAGAUAUCUGUGGCCGAAUUAUAAACCGGACAGCAAAGACAAGACUCAUGUGCUGUCGCUGUGUGUGAUGAUCAACGAGAAGUUCCGCCAGGGAGUGCCUGCGUGGGAUGCGAUGAUUGGAGUAACAUCUUGCGAUGGAGAGGUUGAUGAAGCUCCCGCGGGCGAUGCCAAGUCAGACAACCAGGAACGAUUCUCGGCUUUUAUGGCUGAAGUUCGGAACCUAACCGUCGAGGCCUCAGAAGACGUCUCCAUGGCUGAGCUAGCCCGCCUGGUGCAGCUGCAUGUCAACCUCUCCAAGUCGUUGGAGAACAGUGUAGUGCGCCAAGAAGUGUUGCCGUGUGUAUCGCUGGGAGUGUGGACACAUGUUACGGAUGUACGUCGACAAAAGGAACUGAAGCAGUCGAGUAGGAUAGCUAGGCAAUGGAAAACCCUUAACAAGAGGACGAGUCAGAUCACCGCGUUGAACGAAACAGCGUUAUAUCCGUCAGAGCAGACACUGUUUGAUCCGAAUGUAGUACCGGAUGAGUACUAUUCCGAAGGAGUACUGGCCCUUCCUAAGCUCAAUCUACAGUUUCUCACGUUCCACGACUAUCUACUAAGGAACCUGAAUCUAUUCCGAUUGGAGAGCACUUUCGAGAUUAGAGAAGACAUCAUCGAUAGUGUCAAGCGAAUGCCGGCGCGUUUGGAUGGCGACAAUUUGGUACAAUUCGACGGGUGGUCUAGAAUGGCAAUGCCCACCAGCGACUUUAGCAUCAUCGAAGUGGCGAAGCCGGAACUGGGCCAUUUCAGGCCCAGACGCGUGCGCGCAGAUAUCACAAUCGAUCUGAGACUGUGCCGUCCGGCUAUAGCGGCUGAGUGGGAGGGACUCAGAAGACACGACAUUCUCUUCCUGUGUUGUGUGCAGGUGGGUGUGCUUUGUGAGCGUGCGUGA